ACUAAUCUUGUUUGUAGAACUGCAUGUUUCGCACAUUUUCCGAAGGCGUUUUCUGGCUCACCCGUUGGAAUGGAUGUGUCUGAGGCUGCCACUUUUAAAUCUCUGUCCGACCAGUGGUGGGAUCGUGACGGGGAUUUUCGAGCACUUCAUGCUCUUAACUCCGUUCGGUUGGAACUGGUUAAUAAUUUAUUCAAGGAUGAAUCUCGUAAACCCUGGUACCCUCUUUACGGAAUGAAGAUAGUAGAUGUGGGUUGUGGAGGUGGGAUAUUGUCGGAGCCGCUCGCUCGUCUUGGGGCUAAGGUUUUGGGCAUAGACCUGUUACCAGAAUGCAUAGAUGCUGCAAAGAACCAUGUGGCGAGCAUAAACCCUAAACAAUGGGAAGAUGCACCGUUCGGUGCCCCAGAAUACCGAUCUAUAAGCACACAGGAUUUAGCCACUGAAUUCCCUGGGAAAUUUGAUGCCGUUAUCGCCUCAGAACUUUUGGAACACGUUUCAGACUGGGAGAAGAUUGUCAGAGAUGCUUCUGUGUGUCUGAAGCCUGGUGGGCACUUCAUCGCAACGACAAUAAACCGGACGAUGUUGUCCUACUGGUUGGGCAUCGUCGUGGCCGAAAACGUUCUCAAAAUAGCUCCCCGUGGAACGCAUACGUGGGACAAAUUUAUAGAACCAUCCGAGCUGUGUAUGGCUGCAGUCAGACACAACCUUCAACCAAGAAAAGUUAUUGGAAUUGCUUACAACCCUCUUUCGAAUUCCUGGAGGUGGUCCUCGUCACAGUCAAUUAGUUACGCUUUCCAUGCUGUCAAGUUUUCACCUGAAGCUCCUUGA